AUGUCCAACAAUUCUACAAGCCAGUUGAUAGCCGAGAAUUACGCCUUUGACCUUCCAUCCGCGUGGCUUGGUGACAUCACGUUGUGGCUGCGCGUUGGGGAAUCCUCUUUUGCCUUCCGCCAGAUUACAAGAGAGGAUACAAAAUGUCACUAUGCUGUGGCAGCACUCCCAAUGGAUAUCGCCACGGACCUUCGUGACAUUAUAGAUGGCCCGCACACAGAAGCCCCAUAUACUGCUCUAAAUGAGGCUCUCGCCUCCCGCAUUUCCCUAUCAAUACAAAAAUGUCUGCAGCGCUUGAUUUCUGAGGGACGCCUUGGUAAAAGGAAGCCUACGCAGUUCCUUAGGCGUUUGGAGCAGCCUUUCCCUAACAGUUGUCCUUUCUGUGCAAACAUCCUUGCGUCUAACAUUUCUUCUUCGACGGUCCAAAUGAUCGUAGAGACUGCUGACCGCAUCCUCGAGUACUACAAGCCUCCUGGUACGGUAAAUGUUAUCAGUCGUAUCACAGCUGAGCCAACUACGCCUACAAUCGAGAAUGUCAUGAAACGCCUAGACGGCCUCACUCUUGAUGUUCCCCAGCCACGGGUUUCAUGCGUCACUCGCCGUCGAAGUCCGUCCAUUUCCCACCGGCAGACGUCUCCCACAGCAGUGUCAGCCCCGUCCACGCCGGAUGGUUUCUUCUGGCCCCCUUUUCCUAUGGGUUAA